GGUGCGGAUGCAUGACCAAGAGCCUUCAGCUAGGCUCCUACCCGGCGGCAUCCGUGAACCUUCGCCACUAGAUACGGAGGCCUGUUAAGCAAAAUCUUCCAAUCCAUCCAGAACUAUUUAAACUAUUCGAAUUGGAUCGUGACGCGCGCUUUAUUAACGAGAAGUCUAUAGUUAUUUGCAUUUCCCAAAGGUUUGCUGUCCUUACGCAACAGAAGUACAAAGUUUGAUCCAAAGAAUCUGUCCUGAGUUCAAUGUUCGGUAGACUACUCUUCUUUUUGAGUUUUAUCCAAGUUAAUAGUUGUCUGUGGUUUUGCUUCAGUUUUGCACGUCGAGUCUCGUCUUAGUAAAUCCUGAUCUUUUGUACCACCCGUUUUUGUCCGUUUUGAGCAUACUGAUUUUGCUUUACGGUUGUAGACUUUUUCUAGGAUCUAUUAAACAAUUGGGUGAAACCAUAAUUUAUGGACGACCUUUGGUCGAUGUUAGAGUGACUUUGAAUGUCUACCUAAUUAUAGUUAUAAACCAGUGUGAAGAAUUAGAAUUAUGAUUUACAGUUGAUAGUCAAAAUUAGGAGCUAGACGUACGUUUUUCAUCACGAACUGACAUCAACUAUAAUUUCAAAACGCUAUUCAGCCAAAUGGAUGAAUGAAUUUCGUGCCAAAAUCUGAGGCUUGUCAUCUCAUCCGUGAUUGGUUCGUCCACAAAUUAUAGUCUCUUCGGACAUGCUGAAGAUCAUCACCAUCGUAAAAUCGACGGCACUAGACUCCCUCAGCAAACUUGGGUCUCCCAGCAUAGGAUCCCUGAAUUCGACGGUUGUCCCCAAAACUCUGCAGGUGAUUAGAACCCCGUUAACUUAGUUAACAACGCCCAUGUGUCACUGUCCAUAAGGCAGAACAUCGCAUGUAUUGUGCUGAAAUCAACUGUUGAUAUGGCCGUGGAGUCUACCCCUAAUACUGUCCAUCUUGUCAGGAAGGAGCAUAUGAAUAUGAAACGUGCUUUAACUAACAAGCUUAUUCGAAAACCUGAAAAACGAUCACAAUCCACGUCGAUUAUUCCAUAGUCAUGAAUUCUAAAGACAGCUUUGACCUUCCCUUCAGUCUGAAAGACGAAAAUGACAGGAUGCUUUGGGAAGAGUUAAACAGGAAGGCCGAACGUCCCAAAACAGAGCCUCCGACGGCCACAUGGCUCACUUUGGGAAAGAACUCCAAGCAUCAUAAAUCACUCAAGACUAUUUCGUGUAACGCUGUCUAACGCUGCCGUCUUAGAGGAUGUCUUACUGGCUAGUCACUUACUGAAAUCAAAUGGGAAUGUAAGAAUACUGCCUGAGCGCAAUCUCAUCAGGAACAUUCCUAAGGAAUAUCGCGAGAGAUUGUACAAGGAGUGUCAGGAAACAGAAACUCUGCUGUUUGGGAAUGGAGAUUAAUCAAACAGUCCUUGAAGCUCAAAAACAUAUUGACUCAACAAGUGGUAAGAUUAGAGAAGAGGGACAAGGGUUCUAGACCCUUGAUAAUGAAGAUAACCUUCCCAUUCUCCUAUAUGGCGGCUGCAACUCUUGAAGCACUUCGUGCUUAUGCGCCGGCUGCCAACUGGAAUCCAUAUGUUUCCAGACAAGUCACAAGAUGCCAGGAUCAAACACAAAAGCAAAUUGGAGCUGACUAUUCCACUUGUAGACUGUUAAAACCACGAAAAAAAAGUGGAAAGGACAGGAGCUGCCAGCUUGAAAAGCCCUGUGUAGGUAGGUUACCUGUCCAUUCAUAUAAGGCUCAUGCAGGUAAACAGGGUGAGGAAGCUCACGCGUUUCAAAUUGAGAGCAUAAACUGAUUAUAUAUGAACACCGCGAGUUUACUGAGUAAAAUGACUAAGCUGCGUGAACUCAGUAAUGCCAAUGAUACUCAUCUGAUAGGAAUAUAUGAAACAUGGAUCUCUCCCCAAUUCACGGUCCAGGAGCUAGUAAUACCCAGGAUGUUUCCCAUUGACAAAAAAAACAGGAGUUGGGGGUGGAGUAGCCUUGUACCUGCAAUCUUGCCUGGAGGUGCAUCAAGUGCACAACUAAGAGUUUAUCAAUCUUGAUGAAUCCGCAUGGUGCUCAGAAAAAUUGUUUACCACUCAGUGGAACAUACGUACAUUGAAUGUGUAAACUCUACUAAAGCUCGGUUUUUCAACCUCAUUGAAGAUCUGGGAUUAUUCGAAAAUGUGAAGUCGGCAAUUCGUUGAAGGAACAGCCAGACACUGUCACGCUUAGACUGGGUAUUUACAAACAAAGAAUUCCUAAUUUACAACCUCUCAAUCCUGGCUCUUUUGGGGAAAAGCGAUCAUGCCAUCAUAGCCUUCAGUUUUAUCAGCAAAACUGAGCUAAGACAUCCUACCGACAACAGGCACUGGAAUUUCAAACGGUUGAUUGUGUCAGCCUUACAGGACAAUUUACAGCAGGUGGGCUGUGAAGUUCACCAACUUGAUGUGGAUGCUCAUUGGGAUUUCUUACAGCACACGAUCUUAUGUGCGACAAAACAGUCUGUUUCGCAAAUGGUCACCAAAAUCUACAAGCAACCUACAAUCAUCAAGAACCGCACUCUUCGUUUUCUAAGUCGCGAAAGGUACUGCUGGGCGGAAUACAAACAAACUGGUAACAACAGCGCAUACAGGCAAUUCAAACAAGUAAGCAAUAUAUGCACAACGGCAAUAAAAGAAGACAGAUUUCAGUACCAGAUAAAGCUUGUCGAUGAAUUUGUCUCCAAUUCGAAAAGCUUAUUCCGUCAUGCAGUUGGAACUGGAGUUUCCCAAAUGCUAGGUCCUAAUAGCCCGACCACCAAAGACAGUGACGCCACUGACUUUCUGGCAGGACAGUACCCUCAAACAUUUCAACCGACCCACGCCAACUAUAUUGAUAAAAGCAUCACCAGCAACUCCAUAGGACAUUCAGAAGUGGACCUGAGCGCUGAAUUGGUGGAUAAACCGGAACUUCAGAAGGAUCUGACUGGACUUCGGGGUUGGCAGAUGAUAACGGACUUAUCGUUAACACUUCAAAGUGUAAAGUAGUCCACAUGAGACAUAUUGCAGACUACAGCUACAACUUAGGCGGCUGCCCUCUAAAGGUAUCACAAGUUGGAAAAGAUUUAGGAGUCCUGGUACCCUACCAUUUGAAGUCUUACGCCAACUUUGACAAAAAUACCUUUCGAGUAAACCUUGCACUGGUAACGUUUAAGCGCAUUUUCGGCCAGUUCGACGCAAGAACUUUCCACAUAGUCUUCAACGGUUUCAUUCGUCCCCAUUUAGAGUACGAAAACGCAGUAUUUUCUCCCUCACUCCAAAAGGAUAAAGACAUUCUAGAGCAUAUCCACGAAAUCAGUUGGGGGGCUCAAAUUAAGUUCUUAUGAAGAGCGCCUUCCAAUCAUUAAACCUUUACCCGUUAGAGUGCAGGCGUCUUACAGGUGACCUAAUGGCUCAUAGCAUCCUUAACGCCUCUAGGCAUCCCCUUAAAUACCUGCCUAAGUUUAACUCCAACACAAACCUAAGGGGUAAUACUAAGAAACCGUAGACACAACUCAGCAGAAGGGACUAUAGACACAUUUUCUGCUCAUUAAGAGUAGUCAGAUACUAGAAUUCGCUGCCGGCUGAGAUAGUCCAAGUGACUUACCAGGAGUCCUUUGAGAGGAUACUUGACAUGUUCUUAAGGACUAAGGAUCAUAUCUUACUGUGAUUUACCAAUUUCUCUUUCCUCUUUUGUCGUUGAUAUUCCUAGGUUCCUAUCCAGCGUCAUCAGUGAUCCUUCGCUACUAGAUAUGGAGGCCCGUUAAGCAAAAGCUUCUAUUCCAUCCAGAACCAUUGGAACGGUAUGAAGACGCGUAGUGCAGAAAUGGAAGCCCCGAAUAUUGCUGCGAUUGUUAAAGCUCGACAUCAUGCGCGUGUACUUUGCCCUUCGAGUGGACAUUUAGUAGGAAACACACCAAACCAGUUAAUUUCUCCUGGAAUAUAUGAAUCUGCUGAGAGCGGUUGUAGUGUAAACAACUUUUAUAGUGCAUCUGGAACAAGUGGUCAGACAUUAUGCGAUGAUGUAAAGAUCUCAGUAGACGAUAAACCACACAAAACUCGUUCUGAAAAUGCUCCGAGAUUGUUACGCGGAACUUGGUCACCUGAUGAUAGACGUCUAUUUUUCCAGGCCGUGAGAAUGUACGGGCGUAACUUCAGUGAAAUCACACGUUUCAUUCGGUCUCGUGGACAUCGUACAUCAAUCGAUCACCAAACUGGGUCAUCAAGUGGCAAUAUUGAACUAACUUUGAAUAGUUUGCACUCUGGAAAUAAUUUUGUCUCUUCAAACAGUUUAUCAUCUGCCCUCAUCCCAUCUAAUAUAAGCGCUCCGUGCCCAAGCAAUAUUACUCAACCUAGUGUUGGAAUGAGCACACCCUGUACCGGUAGUUCUGAUUUAAAUACACCUUGUGGUGGUCGGACUCGUGAACAAGUUCGUUUCUUUUAUCAACAAACUUGGCAUAAAGUACGUCGUUACACUAAAUUUCCCGAAGAGGUCCCACAACAUGUUAGGGAAGUUUAUGCAAUUGUCAAUUAUUCUGUGCUGCGUACACGCAUUAAGAAACCAUUGGACCACCGAUUGGGAGAAAAAUUAAACGAAUUAGUUCAUUGUGGUACCACUGUAAUCAAACACAAUGGGCGGCGGUUUUUGUUACGUACUCCUGUUUGUCCUGCUUUGAAGCAAUUGAAUAACAUCUCUGCACCUACACAUGAAUUCCUACUUCCUGAAGAUGUAUGGAUUGAAUUAGUCCCACGGACACAAACAGAUGCAUGGAGAGUAAUAGAGGCAGAGCAAAAUCCCCGUUUAAGACUACGCGUUGAUAUUAAUCGUCAACUUUCAGAUGUUAUUUUUCUAGUGGAAAACAAAUGGCAAUUGGCUGCUGAGCGUAUGAGAACACUUCUUGGUUUCCCAGCCGUCCACGAAUCCACAGUCCCAGCGGUUAUGCUCAACUUAUGCUAUAGUCAAGCUAUCGAUGGUGCCAUUCGCAUACAAGAAGUGGCGCGAAUUCGUUCAGGAGACAUUGGAUUACGUGCUUAUUUAGAUCGAAUGGAUACCAAACUCCAUAAAUCUAGGAUGCAGUCAAAUGUAUGCCCCACAGAAAAACAAGAUGCAGUUCAUGAAGAUCCUGUGGAAUCUCCAGAUUUAGUCACUUCGAAUUCGACACCAAACUUAACAUCGUCAUCAUUGCGCACGUCAGAUCUCAGAAAUUCAGAAUCAAUUAAUGGCUUGUCAGUUACUACAUCAACGUCAAAUGCUGAGUUAGAUCUAAGAGAUCUUGGGAAGCAAUUAUCAAUUGGUGUUACACGUGAGAUGGCACGUGAAAUUAAACUGGUAACUAUUUAUUUGUCUUUGGGUUGUCCAGACCGUAUACGUUUUGAAUAUCAAUUUUUCUGCACUAAAGAUAAAGGAUUACAGAAACAAUUGAAUUCAUCUUACUCCGACUUAGUAAUAUGUCCACCAUUAGAUCCAGAUGGAGACGGUAUAAGUAAUGGUUUAAGGCGUCUUUUACAUUUGAAUGCCAGUGAUUAUUUACUUCAUCGUGAUUGGGUUUCUCGUCAUCCUAUUCGAAGCAACACGCCAGUCCCUGCAUCUUGUCAUUCUUCUCAAGCUAUUCCUAGCGUUAACAUCUCAACAGUUACUACAGUCGCGGCAACUCAAAGCUGCACAUCAACAUUAUUACCAAAAACAUUAACUGGAAGUCAUCUUUCACAGAUAUCCGAAUUACCUAUUAUGGUUACAGCUCAACUACCUUCAACUGUGACUACCAGUAUUUCAGCAAAGCAACCGACAGUUAUGAUGUAUUCUCAGCCAAAUACUAUACAGGUUCUUAUUAAUGGACAGCCAUCCAUUUUCCAACUGAAUUCCACCUUUUCAGCUUCAAAUCCAAUUAUUUCUUCAUUAUUAACAACAAAUAGUUUAAUGAAGCCUCCAAUAGCUUCAGUUCAAAGUCCAAAAUUAGUCUUAUUACAACAACCAGUUGGACAAAAAAUACAAGUUCCUAUUGUUGAACGACAAUUAGACCAUGAACGACAAGUAACUUCAACUGUAGCAAUGAGUCAAGGACCAUAUAUCCCAUUACUACCGAAACAAUCAACUGUACCCAUUCAAGUCAGUGUAAAAACAUCGACACCAUUAACAGGCACUUUUGUAUCGUCUAGUUCUAUUCCUUCAACGUCCACAUAUAUGAUUGAGAAUGAAAAUAAUUCACCUGUAACUUCAUCGUUAGAAUCGUUAAAGGCAUUUAAUGCACGACGUCGAACUAGUAUUAUAUCACAAGUCAACAAACGUUUAACUGAAAAUUCGAUUCUAACUAAAGAAUUACAAUCAAAACCAUCAACAAUUACAUCUAUUUCAAAUAAUUUACCUCCAUCAUACAAUACUUCAGCAAAUCCUUGUACGACUAAAUCUUCGGUUCAAUCACUUCAGGCAAUCGAUAAUCAAACUUUGACAACAAUCAAAGGUGAUGAAGCAUCUGUUAAUAAUAUACAUUCUAAAUCAAUAACACUUUCAACACCAUCAAAUUCUAAUAAUUUAUGGUCAUCCAUUAAUGUAUCGAAUAAUGAACCGAUGGUAACAACAUCAAUUGUUUUCAAUGAUCAGUUACCUCAAGUUCAUAGCAUAUCGAGCUUAUUAUCAUCACCAAAUUUAUCAUCAUUACAAUCUAAUAAUGUAAUGUCUUUUAUUUCAUUAUCUAAAAAUUCUUCUAAUACAGAUGUUAAUAUGGAUGAUCUAUUGUUAGUCUCAACAGAGACAAAUCAAUGCUCUAUGUCAUCAUCAUCGUUCAGUAAUGAUACACUGGCAUCCCUGUUAAAUACAUUAUGUCCACGUUGUCCUUUAUCUUCUACUCAUGAUAAUCAAAAUAUAUUAACUGAAUCAUCUGCUCGACCUACUGAUAGUACUCUAUCUCCAUUAAAUGAAUUAUCAACGCCAGAUUUACAUAAAACAACAUUCUCUACACCUACAACCAAUGAUGUAAAUGUUUCACUUAAAAUAGAAGAGAAUGCUGAAAAAUCACUUGACUUUAGAACAAUUGAUUCUGUUUGUAGUUAUCCACCAGUUUCUCCAUCAAUUGGUGAUAUUUCGUUUACUGACUCAAUGGCUGCUGCUGUAAUGGAUGUACACCAUAUGGAGUUAGAUCAUUCCGAUGGAGAGCAGAGUACCGAUGUUCACUCUGAACCGUUAAAUCUUAUAGCUUCAAAUCUUAAUAUUCAACCCGAUAUUUAUCCAAUAAGACCUUCAUAUGAAUCUCUUGUGGAACAUGAUGAUAUUAAAACUAGAGGUAUUAGUAGAUCUGAAUAUAAUUGCAUAACAAAUGUUGAAGUAUUCCUUCGAAUGAAUACACCACAAUCCAGAAGAAAUUCAGUUGGUCUCAAUUCAACGUUGCAAAUUCCGACUACUUCAUCUAGUUGAGAAACUUAUGAACAAGCGGCAGCGAAAUUGUUUUGCCAAACAACUUUUUGCAUUUUAAGGUCGUAUGGCGGCAUUUAAAAAAUAGUCGCUAAAUACAUAUUAUGGAUGCUUAACAAUUACCCGGUAAUUAGCUGAUCAAUGUGAAUACUGACAUGAACCACCGAUUUUAUGUACAAUAAUGAUAUUUUGAAUGGUUGAAAUCUCCAAUAUAUUGUUUUUUUUUUAUUGUCUAUGUUAUC